AUGGCAAAUAAAAUACUAGAUCCAAUCUUUAGAUUAUACGAUCCAAUUCGUUAUUCAUUUAACAAGAAAAAAGAGGAUUAUAUUAUCAUCUCACCCACUGUUGGUUCUAAAUCCCAAUUGAAUGAUGGUGGUAGAAUUACCUUCGAAAUAAAUUCAUUAUCGAAUUGGUUGCUUAUUUCCGAUGCUUAUUUCAGAUGUGAUUUCAAAAUCAAAGAAGCCACUCAGAAUCAAGUUCCACAAACAAAUACAACGUUAGAAAACAAUUUCUUUCCAUCUUUAUUUAGCGAGAUGGUUUUGGAAGCUGGUUCAAAUCCGAUAGAAACAAUCAAACAUCCUGGGGAAUUCGACACAAUGUUGAAAACAGUUUUAUAUCCUAAAGAUUUCGAUUCAAUUUCAGGCUGGAUACCCGAUGUUGGUGAUGGAAGUAUUUUAACGGAACCGAAAAAAGAGGAUUAUAUUAUCAUUUCACCCACUGUUGGUUCUAAAUCCCAAUUGAAUGAUGGUGGUAGAAUUACCUUCGAAAUAAAUUCAUUAUCGAAUUGGUUGCUUCUUUCCGAUGCUUAUUUCAGAUGUGAUUUCAAAAUCAAAGAAGCCACUCAGAAUCAAGUUCCACAAACAAAUACAACGUUAGAAAACAAUUUCUUUCCAUCUUUAUUUAGCAAGAUGGUUUUGGAAGCUGGUUCAAAUCCGAUAGAAACAAUCAAACAUCCUGGGGAAUUCGACACAAUGUUGAAAACAGUUUUAUAUCCUAAAGAUUUCGAUUCAGUUUCAGGCUGGAUACCCGAUGUUGGUGAUGGAAGUAUUUUAACGGAACCGGUAAGAAAUCUUGCAAAUGAUUCCGAUUUAGCUAGAGUGAGAGUUGUUGCUCGAAACACGAUAGAAAGAGUAGGACGAGCAAUUAAUCAUGGAUUCGAAAAACGAGUACUUCAGUAUAAUAAUGUUGUUGAGAAUAAUAGGUGGGGUAAUUACGUAAAUUGGAAAUUAUAUCCUUUAUUCGGUCUGUUGGAACAUAGAAAAGUUUCCAUAGACUUACCACAUAAAAUUCAUCUACAAAGAGAAAUCAACGACGAUAAGAUAUUCUUUGGAGAGAAUGGUUCAGAUGCAAAAUUAGAAAUAACGAAUCUCCAACUUUUCAUACCAGUAAUAACACCAUCAAUUGAAGUAGAAACGAAAAUAUUCAACUCGUUAACUAAAGAUAUUGAAAUAGCUUUUCUUCAUCGUAACACUGUAGGUAGCACGACUUUAACUGGAGAAUCCACCACAUAG